AUGAGUAAUUCAAGUCAAGUAAAUGCUGGAACAGUAAGUGCUGCAACAACAUCGGUUACACACAAUCGUUCAAAUGCUGCCCUAGCACCGGUUGAGAAACCUGCAAAGUUUUCUAGAGUCGACUUCAAAAGAUGGCAGCAAAAGAUGUUCUUCUAUAUGACUACGUUGAAUCUGCAGAGGUUCAUUAAUGAGAACGUUCAUGUUAUGUCGGAUGAAACUCCGCCUGAAGAAAGAUUCUUGGUAAUAGAAGCAUGGACACAUUCUGAUUUUUUGUGUAAAAAUUAUAUUCUGAGUGGCAUGCUGGAUGAUCUGUACAAUGUGUACAGUAAUGUCAAAACCUCAAAAGAACUUUGGGAUGCUUUAGAAAAGAAGUACAAAACAGAAGAUGCCGGAAUGAAGAAGUUCAUUAUGGCAAAGUUUCUGGACUAUAAGAUGAUAGACAGUAAGAUCGUCGUCACCCAAGUUCAAGAAUUGCAGGUCAUAAUCCGUGAUCUCCUUGCUGAAGGAUUGAUUGGGAAUGAUGUUUUUCAAGUGGCUGCUAUUAUUGAGAAGUUACCUCCAUUAUGGAAGGACUUCAAAAACAACUUGAAACAUAAACUCAAGGAUAUGACUGUUGAAGAUCUCAUGGUAAGGCUGAGAAUCGAAGAGGAUAACAACGCCGCAGAAGAGAGGCCACUUGGUAAUUCAGCAAUAUUUGGAGCUACUGAGUAUAGGGGUCCCAAGAAGGACAAGAAGAAGGAUCAAGAAAAUUUGGCUGAAUCCAAAGGAGAGAUGGACAAUCUCUGUGCAAUGCUUUCAGAAUGCAACUUGGUUGGAAAUCCAAGAAAAUGCUGGUAG